UCAGUUUUCCUUAAUUAAAAUAAGCAUUCUGCUCUUUACUUGUCUUGAGCGUACAUACCAAAGGGUGAACUUAUGGCAGCUGAGUUUGUGCUUACUUUUGCUGCCCAGGGAGUACUGACCAAGGUCGUUGCACUCGCCACUGAGCAACUCAGUGUUGCUUGGGGAUUCAAAGGAGAACUGGCCAAGCUCGAGAAUUCAUUAUCCCUCAUGCAAAACAUCUUACGUGAUGUUGAGGAGCAACCAACAGAUCGGGGCCACACCGUCAAAGCUUGGGUGAAGAAACUUAAAGACAUAGCACAAGAUGCUGAUGAUGUGUUGGAUGAAUUCCAGUAUGAAGUUCUUCGAAGUAAACUGGAGCUGCAAAACCACAUGAAGAAAAAGGAGUGAGGCAUCUUUGAUUGGACUGGUUGCAAAACAAAAAGAGGCAACCACCCAAAUUAUGGGGAACAGAGAAACCGUCUCAAGUUUUGAUGAGGAUGAAAAGAUUUUUGGAAGGGAGGAGCUGUUGUCAGAUAUAGUUAAGACUUUGAUCAACCCCAGCAAUCAUGAAAAUCUUUCCGUUAUGCCCAUUGUGGGAAUGGCAGGCCUUGGAAAGACAACUUUGGCCAAAUCUGUA